CGCGGCACCGCCUCCAGAGUUCCGCCGGGGGCGGACGUUAGCGUCUGUCUCCAGGAGGCACGGACUCGGCCGGACGCCGGUACCGCUAACCGGCCAGCGCGGGCCGUGCCUCGUCGCCAUGGGCCCUCUGUCGGCGCGGCUGCUCAUGCAGCGAGGGCGUCCCAAGAGCGACCGACUGGGGAAGAUACGGAGCCUGGACUUGUCGGGGCUGAAGCUGCUCUCGGAGCACUUGGACCCCAAGCUCCUGAGCCGCCUGACGCAGCUCCAAGAGCUGGACCUCUCCAACAACCAGCUGGAGACGCUGCCCGCCAACCUGGGCCUGUCGCACCUGCGCGUCCUCCGCUGCGCCAACAACCAGCUGGGGGACGUCACUGCCUUGUGCCAGUUCCCAGAGCUCGAGGAGCUCAGCCUGGAGGGCAACCCCUUCCUGACUGUCAGUGACAACCUGAAAGUCUCCUUUCUCCUGCCCAAGCUCCGUAAGGUCAAUGGCAAGGAUGCUUCGUCCACCUCCUCUCAGGUGGAGAACCUAAACCGGGAGCUGACCAGCCGGGUCACAGCUCACUGGGAGAAGUUCAAGGCUGCACUGAGCCCAGGCGAGGAGGCAGAGAAGGCCCAGGCUGACUUUGUGAAGUCUGCUGUCAGGGACAUCCGUUAUGGGCCUGAGUCCCUCAGCGAGUUCACCCAGUGGCGGGUGCGGAUGAUCUCUGAGGAGCUGGUGGCCUCUGGUGGGGCCCAGGUGCGUGAGGCAGACAUCCCGGAGAGGCCUCCGAAAGCCCCAGCUGCCCAGGAACCCAGGGCCAGGCCGGCGGCCGUGAAACGGCCGGACGACGUCUCACUCAGCCCGUCUCCCAACAAGCGGGUGUGUCCCUCCUCUUCGGUCUGCGUGGAGGGCAGCGCCCCGGGCUCUGAUGACAGCCGGCCUGCGCUGGACCUGGAGCCCCUGCACUUCCUGCAGUGUCACAGCAAGAACAACAGCCCUCGGGACCUGGAGACCCAGCUCUGGGCCUGCGCCUUUGAGCCGGCCUGGGAGGAGGGGCACGCGGGGGCCACCUCCCAGACGGUGGCCACGUGCGGCGGGGAGGCCGUGUGUGUGAUAGACUGCCAGACGGGCAUCGUGCUGCACAAGUACAAGGCCCCUGGCGAGGAGUUCUUCUCGGUGGCCUGGACGGCCCUGACCGUGGUGACGCAGGCCGGCCACAAGAAGCGCUGGAGCGUGCUGGCGGCCGCGGGCCUGCGGGGCCUGGUCCGGCUGCUGCACGUGCGGGCUGGCUUCUGCUGCGGGGUCAUCCGGGCCCACAAGAAGGCCAUCGCCACCCUCUGCUUCAGCCCCACCCACGAGACCCACCUCUUCACGGCCUCCUAUGACAAGCGCAUCAUCCUCUGGGACCUCGGGGUGCCCAACCACGACUACGAAUUCCAGGCCAGCCAGCUGCUCACCCUGGAUGCUACGUCCAUCCCUCUGCGCCUCUGCCCCGUGGCCUCCUGCCCAGAUGCCUACCUGCUGGCCGGCUGCGAGGGCGGCUGCUGCUGCUGGGACGUGCGGCUGGACCGGCCCCAGAAGAGGAGAGUGUGUGAGGUGGAGUUCGUGUUCUCCGAGGGCUCGGAGGCGGCGGGGCGGAGAGUGGACGGGCUGGCGUUUGUGAACCAGGAUGUGGUGGCCUCCAAGGGGAACGGCCUGGGCACCAUCUGCCUGUGGAGCUGGAGCCAGACGUGGGGGGCCCGCGGCAAGCAGUCCUCGCUGGCGGUGGUGGUGCUGGCGCGGCUGCAGUGGUCCCCCACCAAGCUGGCCUACUUCUCGCUGAGCACCUGCCCCGAUGAGGGGAUCGUGCUGUGUGGGGACGAGGAGGGCAACGUGUGGCUCUACGACGUCCGGCGCCUCCUGAGCCAGCAGGCGCCGCUGCCCGCCGCGCCUCAGGCCCCGACGCAGAUCCUUAAGUGGCCCCAGCCCUGGGCCCUUGGCCAGAUGGUGACCAAGACCAUGGUGAACACGGUGGCGGCCAACCGCACCUGUACCUACCUCACGGCUCUGACGGACUCCAACAUCGUCGCCAUCUGGAAGAGACAGUAGCCAGCGCGGGGCUCCUGCCUCUAGGGAGGUGCACGAGUUCUAGGGGUCCGACUUAACUUAUUCCGCUCCGGGGCAAACGACCAGACUGUUUUUAUCGGGGAAUAUUUUUAUUAAACUCUCUGCUGUGUAAGAAGGCUGGAGGGCUGCUUGGGGCCCCGGCUGGCACGCCGAUGCGGUGGGAGGCCGAGCCGCGAGCAGAGGCUGCCUGGCUGCCACCCCCACGCCUGGCCUGGGUUCCCGAGAGCUGGUCUAGAAGUUCAGACCCACCAGCUCCUCAGCCAGGAAUCCGGGGUGCAGGGCCCG